UGCCCUGACGUCUUCCCACUAACGUUGGGGUCCUCCGCCGGGAACCCCUUGGCGCCGUUCUCGAAAACACAGCGAUCACGGGUUUUCGCUCAUUACCUAGUGACUAUUGACAUUGUCGCUCUGUGCAAAACCACAAAACAUCACCAUGUCAGACCAAAAAAAACCAGAUUUCCUUGACCUAAAGUCAAAGUCGCAAGCUCCCGUUUCGCGGCCCCUGCGGUCUCCCCGCCUCCAUGUUGCCGGCGAAGCACCCCCCGAACUUUCACCUCUCGAUGCGUUUGCACUACAGAGUCGGCUGCUCGCGAAGCAGCUGGAGGACAGCGCGAAGAUGGGCCGACGCAUGAGUCGAUUGCCGCCGUUGACCGUCGAAAGCCCCCUGAUCGUUCAGGGCCGGUCAGACUACUUCCGCUCCCUUUCGCAGGACUCGGUGUCCGACGACGACCAUGUGGCGCAUCACAACGUGGGUCUUGGCUUGAAGACCGAGAUGGAGAACGACCUCAGUAAUCGCCCGAAGUCCAUGCACCCACGUUUGAGUCAAAUUCCGCCUACGCCCGACGAGUCCAUUCCAGUGCCUGCAGUACCGAAGACCAAUUUCGACACCUUCAAGGCAAGGCAACCGAGCGAUACAGGUGCUGAGGAGGGGUUCUUCGGUGUCGGGGCGCGCAGAGAGCGGUCGCCAUCACCCAUGGAACCUGGCCGUUCCGGUGAGAAGCCAACAGACGACAGAUCUGCCACCCAGGACGGUGCCCCCUCACAAUCAGUGGCCAGCGCUUCGAUAGCCAGCUCGCCGGAGAGGAUGGCACAGCCUCCAUUUGACGUUGCAGGACUUGCGCCUCCCAGGCCUAUGUUCACGAAGCGAACCUCCAGCCUGAUGUCGUCGCCACUUGACACAACUGACGAGGAAGGAGGCCUCAGUACCUCGAUCCACUCUCAGAGCUCUCGCAAGUUCUCCGCCAGCAGCGGCGUGCCAUCUCCCGCCUACCCCUCAUAUCAACAAUCUCCCUCGGUCGCCUCGGAUAUUUCUGGGCUACCUCGACCGCAAUUCAACUUCUCCCGACCUUUGAGCAGAGCAGGUACUCCGGGUUUCGACCCGCCAACACGCCAACUGUCAUCCGACAGUCAAGGCUCCUUCAACGGCGCGGACGAUUCAGCCUGCACUCCUGUCAGUACGAACAGCGAAGCAUCUCGCGACCCCACCGUCGAGGAUGGUGUCUCAGUGGCCCCCUCGUACAUCUACUCUAAAUUCACUUUACCGCGCGGCAAACCUUUGCAAAGGUCCUCGAUCAUGAUGCUUAAUGACCCGUCCCUGCGGCCUUCGUUCGAUCAACCCGCGUCCCCUACGAGUAACACGCAAGGUUUUCCUGGGGUUGGCCAGCCCCCGCCCUCUCCGCCCACCCGGCCCUCUAGCUCUUCCGGGAACCGUCCGUUUGAUGCCUUCGCACGGCCGUCCCAAGAGCGAAGUAAGCUGAGCACGGAAGUGACUCGGCCGGCGCAGCAGCCCUCCCCGAAUCCUAGCAGGCCUUCUACGGACAGCGCUCGCGGGCCAGAAGAGGAACAGCGGGGGCGGAGCUUGGUUUCCCCCCUACACGACGCUGCAGCUGGAAAGCCGCCUGGGUCUACUGCUACCAGCGACUCGGCCAGUACCAUCAGAGCGGGCAGGUCCAUGCACUCCGUUCCGCCUACCAUGUCGGACUUGUCCGCGGAGGAACAUGUGAGCAAGGCGAUCGCUCUGCACGAGAGCGGCGCUCUGCAAGAAUCCACCUGGCAUCUACGACACGCGGCAAAGCAAGGCCACCCUACCGGCAUGCUACUGUACGCUCUUGCCUGUCGACACGGCUGGGGGAUGCGUCCGAACCCGCGGGAAGGCGUUCAGUGGCUCCGGAAGGCCGCAGAAUCCGCCAGUCUCGAAAUCGCAGACGACGAGUCCCAAGCCAAGGAGGGCAAGCCGGUCGAUGCCGCAGACCGCAAGACGCGCAAAGCCCAAUUUGCGCUCAGCAUCUAUGAGCUCGGGGUCAGCCAUAUGAACGGGUGGGGUAUUGAGCAAGACAAGGCACUCGCAUUGCGAUGCUUCGAGAUUGCCGCAUCGUGGGGUGAUGUCGACGCGCUUGCCGAGGCGGGCUUCUGUUACGCUCAAGGGAUCGGCUGCAAGAAGGAUCUCAAGAAGAGUGCCAAGUACUACCGUGAAGCCGAGGCCAGGGGCAUGAGCAUGGUUGGCAACAGCUGGAUCCACAAGUCCAAGUACGACGACAACAAGGACUCGGAAAAGCAGACCCGAUCCAAGUCGAGGUCGCGAAAAAGCAUCUUCAGCCGGAAGAGAGAUCAAUGAGCACCCAUCGCGCCUUUUUUUUUACGCCCACAACGCCUUGACGAUUACGACAACAAUGCAUUGGCAUGAUCUCAGCAAUACCCCC